GAAGAAAAUUUUCCCAAUAAACCAACUUCUCUCUUCUCUUGUGAGUUGUCGGUGGUGUUCUUGGAGGAGUUGAAACAGUAGCAUCGACCCGACCCCACUCCCCUUACAAAUUUACAAAGGCCCCCCUUUCCAUCCGUGAUUCUUGCAACCAUGGCCUCAUAACUUCACGCGGGGGAGUGGGUCAACUUCAUCUUCUUGGCUUUGGGUGCUCGAAAGUUGAUCACUUUACACUCUACACUGCCCUCUACUGUGUUAGCUCGUUUUUCACAUUCUUCACCCUCCGGGGGAGAGCGUAAGGAGAGAAGAGAAGAAAGGAAACAUCUUUUUCAGUUUUCUUGCUGAAUUGGCUGAGAAAGGUUUUGGUUUCUUGGGCCCACAUGCGCGGGCUAAGCCGGCUUGGCAGCGGCGUCAGCACGCCGUCGCCGCCGUCUUCGCCGCGCUACCGUAGAAAGAACUCGCCCAUUGGAGGUGGCGGCGGGAGCUUCCGCGGUGGCGUAGAUGGCGGCGGGGUCAAGCUGCAUAAUUUCGCCGAGAAAUUGGGGUUUAUGCUCGUGUCGGCGGUUUACCGCCGCCGUGGGGUCCUGCUUUUCGCCCCUUUACUCUAUAUUUCCGGAAUGUUAUUGUAUAUGGGCACUUUGGGCUUCAGUGGCGGCAGGGGUGGCAAUGAGGUGGCGCCGCCGGGAUCAGUGUAUCGGAGCCCUCAGGUAUUUGAGAAGCUUUGGCCACAUAUGCAGGUUGAAAAUAAUGGAACCCCAAAUUUGUUAACGAAUGUGUGGAAUCCAAAGUUUCAUCAAAAUUGGAAGCCUUGUCUUGACAAGACUAUUUCUCAAGCAGGGUUGCCGGAAUCACCAAAGUCAAAUGGUUUCCUCAUAAUCGAAGCAAAUGGUGGGUUGAAUCAACAAAGGUUAUCGAUAUGUGAUGCAGUUGCAGUUGCUGGUCUGCUGAAUGCUACACUUGUUAUUCCAAUAUUUCAUUUAAAUAGUGUUUGGCGAGAUUCCAGCAAGUUUGGUGAUAUCUUUGACGAGGAAUUUUUCACAUACGCUCUAAGGAAUCACGUCAACGUGGUAAAACAACUUCCAGAAGAUGUACUUCAGCGUUUUGACAAUAAUAUAAGUAACAUUGUGAAUUUAAGGGUGAAGGCUUGGUCCAGUCCAGACUACUAUAGGCAAAAGGUCCUACCAAAGCUAUUGGAAUUGGGGGCUGUACGCAUUGCACCAUUUUCUAAUAGAUUGGCCCAUGCAGUUCCUCCAAAUAUCCAAGGUCUUCGGUGCUUGUGCAACUUUGAAGCGCUAAGAUUUUCAGAAUCCAUACGCAUGCUUGCAGCAAAGAUGGUUGAUCGAAUGAUUAAAAAUAGCUCCAGAAGUGGAGGGAAAUAUGUUUCAGUGCAUCUUCGAUUUGAAGAGGAUAUGGUUGCAUUUUCUUGCUGUAUAUAUGAUGGUGGCGAGAAAGAAAAGCUUGAGAUGGAUGUUGCUCGAGAAAGAAGUUGGAGAGGAAAAUUCCGCAAAAGAGGCAGAAUUAUAAGGCCAGGUGCGAUAAGGAUGGAUGGAAAGUGCCCGCUUACUCCACUUGAGGUGGGCAUGAUGCUAAGAGGCAUGGGAUUUGAUAAUAGCACCCCGGUUUAUGUUGCUGCUGGAAAAAUUUAUAAGGCCGAGAAGUAUAUGGCUCCACUCAAACAGAUAUUUCCACAUCUCGAAUCGAAGGAUACACUUGCUUCUGCAGAAGAACUAGCUCCGUUUGAGGGACAUUUAUCUAGGUUGGCGGCUCUUGAUUAUACGGUUUGCCUCUACAGUGAAGUUUUUGUCACAACACAGGGUGGUAACUUCCCGCAUUUCUUAGUGGGUCAUAGACGCUAUUUGAAUGGAGGACAUGGCAAGACAAUCAAACCCGAUAAGCGGAAAUUAGUUCUUCUGUUUGAUCGUCCAAGUAUAAGAUAUAAAGACUUUAAACGGCAGUUGCAAGAUAUGCUUCAUCACAACGACAUGAAGGGUUGUGAGGUAAAAAAACCCAGCAACUCGCUCUAUACAUACCCAAUGCCCGACUGCAUGUGCAAACAAGCAGAUGUGAAUAAUGAAAGCGGUAAUACCACAAAAGCCCUUUAAUACAUAGGAUACAUACACAUAUUCCAUAGAGUUUUUUGGGUUUACAUACGUGUAAUUUAUAUGUAGCUUAAAAUUUCUGCCCGCCCCGGGGCGAUAUUAUGGAGGCCUAUUGUUCAUCUUAUAGGUAUUGUAUUCCUUAGAGAUUCUUCGAGGUCCAUUGAGGGGUUGGUUUGGUGAUAGUUCUGAAAUGUUAACUCACUCUGCACAAAUAUCCUCUGUUAUAGAAACCAAUUCUUUGUAACAACCACUUAUUUGCGCAUUUGGAGUGUUCUACUCAAGGCUCCUGUUUUUAUUUGUUU